CUCGAGACGGAUAUCUCGGCCACCUCGUAGAUCAGGUUGGUUCAAUGAUCUACACCGCAUGAGCCACCACAGCCGUGAGUGGCAACUAUCUUCACUAACAAUGACCGGAGGAAUGGAGAAGUGCUCGGGUAGGUUGUUUUCGAGAGAUCCGAUUUUUGGGACACGUCGGUAUGCUUCUAGAUAUGCAACGUAGAUCAGUCUGCGAAGGAUAUAUAGCUGGUACUCAGCCAGAGUUCUAUGUGAGUCUCAAAACACUCUCUACUGCUCCUUCAUUCGAAUUGAUCGUAUCUCUAACCGCCCAAAUGCGCGCGUUCUCAUCCAUCCUCAGCUAUAGCAGCGCCCUUCUAGCGUUCUGUCGUCCCACAUGCCUCGCCGCACCCCAUCAACGCAGGAGUGCAGGUCCCUACGACAGCGCGCCAGUUUCGACUGUCUUCCAACUCGACCAUAAUCAAACCUGGUUCGAGAAUCUUGUGGUGCAGCGCAAUAGCAGCAUCCUCGCAACUCGCAUCGACGUUCCGGAGCUUUGGUCAAUUGACCCAGCAACCAAGAAUGGCACCAGCAGCCAAGGAACAGGAUCCUUGCUUUACAAGUUUCCCAACGCCACAAGCCUUCUAGGCAUCGCAGAGGUUGAAAAGGACGUGUUCGCGAUUGUCUCUGGUAACCUUUCUCUCCCCAGUACGAUACCAACGCCGGGAUCUUACAAGAUAUGGACCAUUGAUCUCACCGGCGAGAAGCCCCAUGCAAAACUUCUCGCACCGAUUCCCGAUGGAGUCUUCCUGGAUGGACUGGCUAAAUUCAGUGAUGAUCUCCUCCUAACCACGGACGCCGCCAAGGGCGUCAUUUGGCGCCUCAAUACCACGACUGGAGAAAGCUCGCAGGUCUUGUCCCAUCCGUCCAUGAAGCCAGCGGACGGGCAGCCGAUCCUGGUGGGUGUGAAUGGAUUGAAGGUCCAAAAAGGCUAUAUCUACUACACCAGUACCACCCAGGAGGUGUUCGCUCGCUUCCCAGUUGACGAGAAUGCGACCCCUACUGGUCCUAUCGAGGUUAUUACUAGUGGAUUAACCUUCGACGACUUUGCACUGGCGGACGAUGGGACAGCGUAUCUAUCGACGAACCCUCAAAAUGAACUGUUGAGAAUCUCUCCGGAGGGCAAGGUCCGUCUUAUUGCUGGCAGUCAGGUUACGAAAACCGUCGCAGGGUCGACGGCAGUUGCUUUCGCCAAUGAUGAGCAAUCGGUUUUGUAUGUCUCGACGAGCGGUGCGUCGGUCGAGCCAGUCCUUUGCAAGACGGUGGAGCCUGCCAAGAUCGUGGCUGUCAAGCUGAGAGGUGCAUCUUGAGCUGAGUGACUGGU